AGACGCUUCCAGAGCUGCCUGAUGUGGGCACCAAUUCCUUUGUCCACCGUGCCCUUGCUGAAUUCCCCCACUCGCACUGUUAUCCUGGUGGAGACCCACCACUGACUCUUGACCCCGAUUUCCUGUCAGGUUGACCUGGGAGGGUGACCCCCCUUCCAUUCCCAGCACUAUGCCGGGUACUAUGGAAACUCUGCGGUUCCAGCUGCUGCCCCCGGAGCCAGAUGAUGCCUUCUGGGGUGCACCCUGUGAACAGCCUCUGGAGCGCAGGUAUCAGGCACUGCCGGCCCUCGUCUGCAUCAUGUGCUGUUUGUUUGGAGUCGUCUACUGCUUCUUUGGUUACCGCUGCUUCAAGGCAGUACUCUUCCUCACUGGGUUGCUGUUUGGCUCAGUGGUCAUCUUCCUGCUGUGCUACCGAGAGCGGGUUCUGGAGACGCAGCUGAGCGCUGGGGCAAGCGCAGGCAUCGCCCUGGGCAUUGGGCUGCUCUGCGGGCUGGUAGCCAUGCUGGUGCGCAGCGUGGGCCUCUUCCUGGUGGGGCUGUUGCUCGGUCUGCUGCUCGCUGCUGCCGCCCUACUGGGCUCUGCACCCUAUUACCAGCCUGGCUCUGUAUGGGGCCCACUGGGGCUGCUGCUGGGAGGCGGCCUGCUCUGUGCCCUGCUCACGCUGCGCUGGCCCCGACCGCUCACCACCCUUGCCACUGCCGUGACCGGAGCUGCGCUCAUCGCCACUGCCGCAGACUAUUUUGCUGAACUGCUACUGCUGGGGCGUUACGUGGUGGAGCGACUGCGGGCUGCGCCUGUGCCGCCCCUCUGCUGGCGGAGCUGGGCCCUGCUGGCACUCUGGCCCCUACUUAGCCUGAUGGGCGUUCUGGUGCAGUGGAGGGUGACAACCGAGAGGGACUCCCACACAGAAGUGGUCAUCAGCCGGCAGCGGAGGCGAGUGCAGCUGAUGCGGAUCCGGCAGCAGGAAGAACGCAAGGAGAAGCGGAGGAAGAAGAGGCCCCCUCGGCCUCCUUCCCGAGGUCCUCGGGCACCUCCGCGGCCUGGUCCCCCGGACCCUGCCUACAGACGCAGGCCUGUGCCCAUCAAACGCUUCAAUGGAGAUGUCCUCUCCCCGAGUUACAUCCAGAGCUUCCGGGACCGGCAGACUGGGAGCUCUCUGAGCUCCUUCAUGGCCUCACCCACGGACACGGACUAUGAGUAUGGGUCCCGGGGGCCACUGACAGCCUGCUCGGGACCCCCCGUGAGGGUGUAGUCAUGUUUCCACUGUCUGAGACCACUCUGCAGUCAUCAACUCUGCCAGCUUGGAGAGUCCUGCCAGCCCACUGCUGCGGCUGGACGGCCCUGUGGUCCUUGGCUGACU